GGAGAGCUGUCAUCCUUGGAGCCAGGGGCUUGAAGACUGGGGGCCCCUGCCACCUACGCUUCACUUGCGAUAGGAGGAUUUAGUCUCUUUGGGGUGCCUUAGCCGGUUGUCCCCCAGCUGAAGAAUACAAAAGGCGAAGACCAGAACCCUUCCUUUGGCUGGGAGAGCAAAGUCCUGUAGGAGGCAGUGGCCUGGUAGGACCCGCCCCUCAAGGCACACAUAUUCCGCUCCCCUCUUCCCCCUCCCCCGGGCAGAAUCCUUUCAAAGAUCUGCAGAGGUGACUGUGGGGUGAGCGGGCAACUCCUGGAAGUGUCCUGGGGCUUUGGACUUUGCUCUCAAGGGUGCCCUGGCUCAGAUAACCUGUCUGCCUGUACUGGGUGAGCCACCGUUUCUGGAUUCCAGUUUGCUGGGGGAGGGUGAGCAGCCUUUGUCAGAGAGGGGAGUGGCCACCAGCAGUGACAAGUACCAGGCGAUGCUCACGGAGUAGGCAUCCUGCUGAACCAGCUACAGCAUAGCCUCACCAGGGCCCUGUCUGCCAGAGACCCGUGCAUUCUGGCACCACCCUCCCAGAUAGCCCACUCCAAAAGGGUCAGGGCAGGAUGGAGCACUAUCCAAGCAGGAAGAGGGAACAACAGUGGUAGGAGUCAGUAGGGAGGGGCUCUUAAAGGUUCUGCCUGCUCCAGGGUGGGCACCUGAGGGAGGGAAGCACACAAGAAGGGCUGACUGAGACAACCUGUUUGGAGACAUUGCUUGUAGGCACAGCAGAGCACAUCUAGGGAAAGUAGCAUGCCCUGGGGUCUUCUAGAGAGGCUGCCUGACAAGGGACCCUGAGGGCACAUAUGGGACUGGUUCCAAGAGACCUCUCUCGCUUAACUGCUUCAGGCCCAGCCUCCCAGGAGCUUCUGUCAUGAAGGUUUAUGGCUCCAGUGGGGGCUAGGGUGGGGUUUGCUGCCUAGUUUCCAGAGUAAGUGUCUAGAGAACUGUUUGCUUCAUCAGGACUUCUGGCUGGAUCCCCCGAUUGGCCUUGGAGAUGUUGAGAUGCUACAUGAUGUCAGGUAGCUGGGAAACUAUUGUGAAGGAAGCGUCCACUAGCCCCAGCCAGCUGACCCUGCCCUCAUUCCAUAUAGUUACCAUGCUGAGUACCACUCAGCCAUACUGGGUUCAGUCACCUAAGUCCACAAGGGAUCGGUGGGUAGUGGGCCCCCAGGACCUUGGGUAAGUUGCCGUAGACCGUGUUUGGGUCUUUGACCAGAGGUACAAGGCCACAGAGCAGGGGCAUGUGGCAGACCAAGGAUUCAACUUGGGAGAAACUUCCAGGAGCAGCAGAGAACCAAUGGUCUGUUCCUGCAAUGUCAGGCCCAACGAAUAGCCAGUAAGCCUGGAGGAACCCCCAGCCCAAGGCACACAGACAUCUCUUUGGCUGGACAUCACAGGAGAGUCCAAGGGAUGGCUGCUGACAUGCAGAGGAAGAGGAGCAGCGAAUGCCCCGAUGGCACCCUGGCUCCUUCUGAUGGGCAGAGUAUGGAGAGAGCUGAGAGCCCCACACCAGGACUGGCUCAGGGAAUGGAGCCAGGUGCUGGGCAGGAGGGUGCCAUGUUCGUCCAUGCCCGUUCCUAUGAGGACCUGACUGAAUCGGAGGAUGGGGCAGCUUCUGGGGACAGCCCCAAGGAGGGUGUUGGGGGUCCUCCACCACUGCCUGCAGACAUGCGACAGAUCAGCCAGGACUUCAGCGAGCUGAGCACCCAACUGACAGGUGUGGCCCGAGACCUGCAGGAGGAGAUGCUGCCAGGAAGCUCUGAGGACUGGCCAGAGCCUUCAGGGGCAGCUGGGCGGCCAGCCACAGAACCCCCCAGGGAGGGCACAGGCGAGGGGGAUGAGGAGGAGGCUGCUGAGGCAUGGCGACUGCACCAGAAGCACGUCUUUGUGCUGAGCGAGGCGGGGAAGCCUGUGUACUCCCGCUAUGGGUCAGAGGAGGCACUUUCCAGCACCAUGGGUGUCAUGGUGGCCCUGGUGUCCUUCCUGGAGGCAGACAAGAACGCCAUUCGUUCUAUCCACGCAGAUGGCUACAAGGUAGUAUUCGUGCGCCGGAGCCCACUGGUGUUGGUGGCAGUGGCGCGCACGCGGCAAUCGGCGCAGGAACUGGCGCAGGAGCUGCUCUACAUCUACUACCAGAUCCUGAGCCUUCUUACCGGUGCCCAGCUGAGCCACAUCUUCCAGCAGAAGCAGAACUACGACCUGCGGCGCCUGCUCUCGGGCUCGGAGCGCAUCACCGACAACCUGCUGCAGCUCAUGGCGCGAGACCCCAGCUUCCUCAUGGGGGCAGCGCGCUGCUUGCCCCUGGCUGCGGCCGUGCGCGACGCGGUGAGUGCCAGCCUGCAGCAGGCGCGAGCGCGCAGCCUUGUCUUCUCCAUCCUGCUGGCACGCAACCAGCUGGUGGCGCUCGUGCGCCGCAAGGACCAAUUCCUGCACCCUAUCGACCUGCACCUGCUCUUCAAUCUCAUAAGUUCCUCUUCAUCCUUCCGUGAGGGAGAAGCCUGGACGCCUGUGUGCCUACCCAAAUUUAAUGCAGCCGGCUUCUUCCAUGCACACAUCUCUUACCUGGAGCCUGACACCGACCUCUGCUUGUUGCUCGUCUCCACCGACCGGGAGGACUUCUUUGCAGUCUCUGACUGCCGCCGCCGCUUUCAGGAGCGCCUGCGGAAGCGUGGAGCCCACCUGGCGCUGCGAGAGGCACUGCGCACGCCCUACUACAGUGUUGCCCAAGUGGGCAUCCCGGACCUGCGCCACUUCCUCUAUAAAUCAAAGAGCUCCGGACUCUUCACCAGCCCUGAGAUUGAGGCCCCGUACACCAGUGAAGAGGAGCAGGAGCGGCUGCUGGGCCUCUACCAAUACCUGCACAGCCGGGCCCACAAUGCCUCCCGCCCACUCAAGACCAUCUACUACACGGGCCCCAAUGAGAACCUCCUGGCCUGGGUGACAGGUGCCUUUGAGCUCUACAUGUGCUACAGCCCCCUGGGGACCAAGGCAUCUGCUGUCAGUGCCAUCCAUAAGCUGAUGCGCUGGAUCCGCAAAGAAGAAGAUCGCCUCUUCAUCCUCACACCCCUCACCUACUGAUGGGAACGUGUGUGGGUUCAGCCCUCUUAGGCACCCUGGGCAACGGAAGCUAUGGGAGCCUCCACAUAGGCUGGCCUCUCUUGCCCAGGCAGCAAGCAGGCAGGGACUGUGGGUUGGUGCGUGCAUUAAAGUACUCUGGAGAAGACACUCA